UCGCGAGCAGGUCAGGCUGCUUCGUCGCGUCUCCAGGACAACAAAAACAACAAGGAAAGAAAACCUUGCCGUUUGUAUCCCAGAAGACAAAGGCAUACCAAACGUGCAAAUAGACCAAAACAAAAAAAAAAACAGAAUGCAUUAAUAUAAUAUCGCCGAGCAGAUCGGUCUAGAAAGAGCCUUGAAAAUUCACGAGUAACUAGAAAAGAAAGUUCGGAAACUCUUGAUAUCCUCAACAGAACCGAACAAGGAAAAGACCGGAAAACACUGUUGCUGUUAAACUAAACGACACUGCGCAUAAAAAAGAUGUAGUAACGUACUGUAAGUCAAGUGUCACGGAAUGUGCUUUGUGUACAAAUUUAAUGAAACAAAGAAAACAUCGAUGACUGUUUUUAUUCUGUUUUGCAACGUGUGAUGCAAUGUACUAAGGUCGGCUUAGGUUUUUAAAGGGACAUCGGCAACGCUUUUAUUUAACAUACGCUUAUAUUUUUAACGUUGCCUUUUUUUAAUAGUUAAAUGAUAGCUUUUCAACUAUGACCUAUAUACAUUCAACCUUAGUAUUGUAGAGCACGUAUAUGCUACAGUUGAAGUCGGUUUAGAGGAAUAUAUAGUAUAAACAUUAUUGUAUUACUACAAGUAACUAUUGAAUACAAGAUGAAUGUGUCUGAAGUGGAGGACCAUAUUUCUCAGAAGUAUGAAAUAAAGAAGAGACUUGGGAAAGGGGCAUAUGGAAUAGUGUGGAAAGGCAUAGAUCGGAAGACUGGGGAGAUCGUUGCAGUGAAGAAAAUAUUUGAUGCUUUCAGAAACAGGACAGAUGCCCAGAGAACGUUCCGGGAAAUAAUGUUCCUUCAGGAGUUUAGAGAGCACCCCAACAUUGUCAAACUGCAGAAUGUCAUCAGAGCUCAGAAUGACAAGGACAUCUACCUGGUUUUUGAGUACAUGGAGACAGACCUGCAUGCUGUGAUUAAGAAAGGCAAUCUGCUGAAGGAUAUUCACAAGCGCUAUGUCAUGUACCAGCUGCUGAAAGCCACCAAGUUUCUGCACUCGGGCAAUGUCAUCCACAGGGAUCAAAAGCCCUCCAAUAUCCUACUGGACACAGAUUGCUUUGUGAAGCUGUGUGACUUUGGCUUGGCCCGCUCACUCUACCAGAUCCAGGAGGAUCCUGGGAACCCUGCUCUGACGGAGUAUGUGGCCACACGGUGGUACCGCGCGCCAGAGAUUCUCCUCGCCUCCUCAAGGUACACAAAGGGAGUUGACAUGUGGAGUGUGGGCUGUAUCCUGGGAGAGAUGCUGCUGGGAAAGCCUCUGUUCCCCGGCACGUCCACGAUCAACCAGAUCGAGAAGAUCUUGAGUGUCAUUGCACCACCCUCCAACGAAGACGUGGUGUCAAUAAAAUCAGACUAUGGAGGCUCAGUUAUACAGAGAAUGCUGUCUCGGCCUCGAGUUCCCCUGGAGGAGCUGCUUCCUCCCUCAACACCCCCAGACGCCCUGGAUCUGAUCAGCAGGCUGCUGGUGUUUAACCCAGACAAGCGUCUCACUGCAGACGAGGCUCUGGAGCACCCCUAUGUGCGCAGGUUCCACAACCCUGUGAAUGAACCCAGCCUGGACUAUGACGUGGUUCUCCCCGUGGACGACGACACCCAGCUCUCCGUGGCAGAGUAUCGCAACAAGCUGUACGAGAUGAUCUUGGACAGGAAGUCAAGCCUGCGGCUCCAGCUUAGAGCUCAGCUAAAGGCAGCUGCAGAGGGCAAACGUGAAGAAGGACCCCAAGAGAACAAUGCCCCCCAGCCUCCCGCUCCUAAACCUGCCCCGGCACCAGCAGCUGCACUGCCCCCGCCUGGGGUUCAGCCACAGAGGGAGAAACCUGGGACCAGCCCUGCCACCAGUCCCCAAGAAAACAAGACUGUAUACAACCCUAUCACACACAGCCCAACCUCCUACCAUGUCCCACACAGCCCCACCUCCUACGGUGCCCUACACAAUGGUACCAGACCUACCCAGAAUCCCCCAGGGCCCCCUCACCAGCGCAGUGCAUCAGUGAGCAGGAAGCCUGUCCAAGCGAACCACGAGAACAUGGGUGUACAACCGCCCGCAGCAGAGAGCUCGAAGGGGGCCUUUAAUCAUCCAGCUGGGAGAGGGGCAGAGCAGCAGCGAGGCCGGAGUGCUCCCAUUGCUCGAGCACGCUCUUUUAACACCCCCCAGAAUCGCUUGAACAAUCCCCUCAUCAGGAAGGACGAGCCGGAUAUCACUGCAGGGAUCACAGUGGCCACUGCACGCCUGAACCAGAGGUCCCAUUCACAAACGAGAGAGGCCCGCCCUGUCUCUAAGUUCAGUAAGAAGAUGUUCCAGUCCACCUCAAACGUAGGGGCCGCUGGAGAUCCUAGAGCCAAGCUGGGCAGCUACUCACAGGCCUACGGGACCAUUAGCAAAACUGGACUGCAAAACCUGCUCCGUGCCCCAAGCAACCAGUAGUGUCUGUAAAGGGACUGAGAUGAGACAUAACAGCUAAGGGAAUGACAACCAGUGGAAUCCUAGAUCAUCCUAGGUCAACAAUACUUUUACCAGUAGUAAAACUGAAUUUACCCUGUAAACAGCAACACUAUUGCCUUUAACAGGGGUUUGAAGUGGGGAGUAAAUCUAGUUUUACUGCAGGCAUUGCUGAACAAACUCAUGGGGAUCAUAACUUAAGGAGCACACUGCUGAAACGCUGUACACUAGAGUCAGCACAAAGGUGUAACACCAAGAUGUACUGUGGCAGUAGGUUUCUUAAUUAUUUAUUUUGGGUAAAAAAGGCCCUGCAUAUUCCUGUGUUUAAUUCAGUUAUAAUUUGAUACAGACAGGAGCUGGGGUUACCACCAAAUAAAUACAUUGGUGGGCAAAAUGUACAUUUAUGCAAUAAAUAGUGGAACAAUAUGCAUUUGGAUUAAUCAAAAAAAGGAUUGUUCCCCCUCUCUCUUUUUGUAACAUCUACAUUAACCGAUUUUACCUGUCAGCAAAAUUACAAGUUAAAGCAUAAUGUGCCUUUUCUAUAUCUUAUGGAAUGUAAAAUGUGAGUUAAUAUUGAUUAUAUUGUUUAUAUAUGGCCUUUAUCUGCCUUUUUGUUUGUAUUGAUACCAUCAAGAUACUUAAAUGACAGGGCUUUCCCAUUGUAAUUUUAAUUUUCCACUUUUGUGGAACAGUGGUGCUAUCUGCAGACAGGGGUGCAUAUAAUGGUAUUUGAAAAUGUGGCUCUGUAUGUCCUGAAAGUGUUUAUUCCAACAAAUAUUUCAGUCUCUCUUACCUCUAGUCUGAUCAACGGAGUAAGUAAGCUUUCAGAGCCCAGGUUUAUUUCUUCUUCAUAGGUAGUCUUAACAACAUUACCUAAAUUGGGUAUAACCUUUACUUUUCGUUCUCGUGUCACUGCAAAUCACUAGCUGUCUGGGCAGGAGAACCGCCAUGCUUUCGUUUAUUGCAGUGUCAUGUUGCAGCAGACACUGUAUACUCAUUCUGUAACAGACUGAGAAAAUAUAAAAUUGUCCUAAAAUAUCUGUAAAUAAAAUAAUUUUAUAAUCCCAGGAUGCCAAUUGUUAAUUAAAUUAACACCUUAAUGAAAUGCCCUACUUAGUGCUCCUUGAGAAAUAAAAUGAACGCACCUAAGUUUUUUUCCUAAGAUAAGAGAACAUGUACCUUAAGUAUUAGACUGAAAUGUAAUGCAUGCAAUCCUGACUCGAACAACAACAUUUUCAUAGGACAUACAUUAUGUGUUGCAGUCAAGAUCUUUAAUUUUGUGUUUGGUACAAGGAACCGGACCCGCUCAAUAAAUAUAGCUUUUCUCCAUGCAAAAAUGCUUGAGCAUUACAGGGUGAAAUCCGGCAGUUCCCUUGCAAGGUGUGUUGAUUUCCUUUUGUACCAUUGUAAUUCUUGUAAUUGUAUUCUUAUGAUUUUUCUUUUACAACACACAAAUUCAAAAAAUCCUUUUGUAAAUAUGUACGUUAAUUAUUGCUCUCACAAUAAAUGCCUUCUCGUUGGGUUUUAAUUAAUUUUAA